AAAGUCGUGGCAGCAUACAUCCAGCCUACUAAAGCGUUGCAUCCAGCACGAUCAUGAAGAUCUGUGUAAAGCUGUGAUAGAUCUUGGCGUUAAAACAGGCAUUGUAGGCGACACGCUACACGUGCGCCACCGUAAUAUCCCUUGAACAUGACGUAGGCACAGCUGCAUUUCACUAUUCCCAGCUGUGGACCCUUCAGGGCAUUUAUAUGGAAAUAAUACAAGAACAUUUUAACACAAAAAGCACAACACAAGCCGAAACCGAAAACUGCGAAAGCCAACAUUAGAAUGGGCGACAACAAGCAGCAACCUAUCCCUGACCGCGAGAUCAAACAAAAUGCCGGAGUUUCAGCCAGCAUGGCGCUGCAGGCGGCGCAGAAAGCAUGGGAUUUGAGGCAGGCAGCCAAUGCUGCAGGUGAUCCAGAUGCCCGAGAGGACAUUCUCGCCAAAGCCAUCAACAAAGAGAUUGAAGCAGAGUCCUUUGGCAAGGCAGCCAAAUACACGCAAUCUGGUGCGUUUCAAGGGCUUGCUGCUGGCGCAGGACUAGGUGUACAACCUGGAGUGACCCUUGGAAAGGUUACUGGAGCGAUUGUAGGAGGCACAGUGUCCACGAUCACUGGUCUGCUCGGUGGUGGCAUUGGUUCAGUGUACGGCGCCUUGAAUGGGCCAAUGUGGGAUCUUGGACAGAUGGCCAGUCAUGGAGUUCGAGGUGUUGUGGGCGACUUUCCCAAUUGGAAGUCUACGCCGUCGCAGAAGAAGGCUUUGGAAAAGAUGGUCAUGCAAUCGAAGGAGACACAGGCGCCAAGCAAAGAAGAGUUGGAGCACAUGAAGAACGAUAUGCCAGAUGAUAUGCCGCAAUCGUGGUCGCAAUCAGUGCAGGACAUGACGAGUUGGAGACCUUCAAUACCGUCUAUGCCCAAGAUGCCGAAUAUGCCAUCGAUGUCUCAAGCUGGCACUGCUGUAGGCUUAGGAGGGUUGGGCGCUUCACUUGGGCUAGGAGGGGGCAAAGACAAUGGCCAGGAACAACAGGCUCAGCCAGCUGCGAGACAAGCAUCGCAGCAGGAUGGGCAUGCUAACAAACCACCUGCGUCGACGCAAGGAGAACGAAGAAAGCCGAGGAAGCUGACACUGAAGUCUGACAGUGCGAACUCGAGUUCAGGAUCAAACCCCAAGCGGGCGCCGCGAAAGCUCGAAUCGCGCAAGGCUGCUGCGUAG